AUGAUGGUCCACUGUGCCGGGUGCGAGCGGCCCAUCCUGGACCGGUUCCUCCUCAACGUGCUGGACAGAGCCUGGCACGCCAAGUGCGUCCAGUGCUGUGAGUGCAACUGCAACCUCACUGAAAAGUGCUUCUCCAGGGACGGAAAGCUCUAUUGCAAAAUGGACUUUUUCAGGCGGUUUGGCACAAAAUGCGCGGGUUGUCUGCAGGGAAUCUCACCAAGCGACUUGGUCCGCAAAGCCCGCAGCAAGGUGUUUCAUCUGAACUGCUUCACCUGCAUGGUGUGUAACAAGCAGCUGUCCACGGGAGAGGAACUCUAUGUGAUAGACGAAAAUAAGUUUGUGUGCAAAGAAGAUUAUUUGAGCUCUGGGGCCAUUAAGGAAGUCAACUUGAACUCAGUGUCGUCGUGUACAGAUAGGAGUUUAUCGCCGGAUCUGCAGGACCCAAUACAGGACGACAUAAAAGAAACGGACAAUUCAACGUCCUCUGAUAAGGAAACGAACAAUAUUGAGAACGAGGAGCAGAACUCUGGAACCAAAAGGCGGGGGCCCCGGACCACCAUCAAGGCCAAGCAGCUGGAAACGUUAAAGGCCGCGUUUGUGGCGACGCCGAAACCGACUCGACACAUCCGAGAACAGCUGGCCCAGGAAACGGGACUAAACAUGCGAGUCAUCCAGGUUUGGUUUCAGAACAGAAGAUCCAAAGAGCGACGAAUGAAGCAGCUGAGUGCUUUAGGGGCCCGACGGCAUGCCUUCUUCAGGGGCCCGAGGAGGAUGAGGCCGCUGGGUGGCAGGAUAGAAGAUGACAUUUUGGGACCUGGAGCCUAUGGUUAUUACGGAGAAUACCAAGGAGACUACUACGGACCAGGAACUAACUACGACUUCUUCCCACACGGUCCCCCCUCCUCACAGGCUCAGUCUCCGGCUGAGUCGCCCUACAUCUUAGGCUCUGGGCCUGGAGCCAUGGAGGGCUCAGGCCCCCACCCCGCAGAUGACCAAAGGUUCACGGACAUGAUCUCCCACGCAGAAACCCCCAGUCCGGAGCCGGGCUUACCUAGCUCCCUCCAAGCUGUCCCAGGUGAAGCAUAUGGAGGUGGACCCAGCCCUCCUUUCUCCCUGGCCAGUAACUCCAGCUACAGUGCUCCCAUGUCCCACCAAGGCCAGGAGAUGGGAGAAACCACGGCUUGGUAA